UGGACUUAUUCUUUUGGAAAAACACCACAUCAGGAUUCUUCUAUACUAAAUCAGCUUACACCACUUACCUUCACCACUCCAAUCUUACUCCAACCCACUCGCACAAUCUACUCAAUGGGUAUGCAAAAUUGAUGCUUUAAACAAGGUUAAAUUUUUCAUGUGGCUUCUUCUCACUAAUAAAUUACCAACCGCUGAAAACUUCUUCCAUCGUAAUAUAAUUCCGUCUACCACCUGUGCUUCUUGUCCAAAUACUACUGAAACAUUAAUCCAUUUAUUCAUAAAUUACUCAAAAGCAAGAUCCAUUUGGGAGCAUUUAAACUUGCACAUUCCCGCAAAUCAUAUGGAUUCUCAAAUAUUACAUCUCUGCACAGCACAUACAAAAUGCAUUGUCAUAAAUAACCAAUCACUUCCUUUAAACGUCUUAACCCCCAUUAUUCUUUGGUCCAUUUGGAAAAAUAAGAAUCCAAGCCUCUUCCAAAAUUCCACUAAACCAAUAACUCACCAUGACAUAAUAUUCAAAACAUUGGAGUAUUACCACCUAGAGUAUAAGCACAAGAAAAAAAAUAUCCGCGGAACCAAGACAAUUCGAUGGACUCCACCCCAAAGGGUUAUUUUAAACUUAACAUAGAUGGUGCUUUUGAUGUAAGCACAAAAACAGGAGGGGGAGGUGGUCUUAUCCGAAAGAAUAAUAUAAAGUGGAUAAUUGGGUUCGCAUCUCAAUACCACUCUCACUCUGCAGUUCACAUGGAAUUAAUGGCAUUACACAAUGGUCUAAAGCUGGCAAUGAACCAUACAUUAACUCCACUUAUUGUGGAGACGGACUUGCAGGCAUUUACUGGAGGAGGAGCUGGGCAGGCCACAGGUGGGCCAUAUUUUUUGAGAAGGAAAUGUUGCUGCAAACAAGUUGGCCUGCUAUGGGAAAGGCCGUGAGACGGAAAUGCAAAAAAAUAUCAUAAUCUUUGUAUUCCCUCCCACUUUUAUCUUAGAUGUACUAAAAGAAGAUAUAUCUUGAACGGGGACUAAACGACCAAUUUCU